AAUCUCAAAAGUUAACAAACUCUUGUCUUAAUUUAUUAGUCUUAGAAUUUUAGCCGUUGCAAGCUAUUAAGUAUGAUGAAGUGGUUUACACAUUAUGUUUUAGGUUUAGUGAUAACCGGUUUGUACCGGAUAGAUGAUAGUCGUAUAUAAUCACUUGUACAUUGAUAUUUUACUCUUAACAGAAACAAUUAUAAUUUCCAGAUUCUCUUGUGUUCAUCUUGCUCACGAGCGCUUUGGUUUCUGUUCAAUAUCAAGUUUACUAAAAUGGUAUCAGAGCCAUCCAGCUCUUCUUCCGCUUGAACCUGCCAUUGUUGAGCUCAGUCGUGUGUUAUUACCGAUUGAAUUCCUCUUGCGAUGGUUUCUCUGAAGAACUUUCUGCGUCACUUGAUUGGAUCUACUGCUUCAGCAAUUUCAGCUCCGAUAGCUUUACCGGUGAAGUCAAAUCCGGUGAUUCACGCUUCGCGUAGCUCUGUUGAUGCAGAUUCUCCGGUUUCAAUCCAUACGCCUUUCUUCAAACAAUUGAUUCUGCAAAAAUCGACUCGAUCCACCGCCUCGACAGAUGAAUCUCCGAUUUAUUCUCCAGUGGUUGUCAACCAGACCUCUGGAACUUCGCGAGCUGUCACAUCCGCGGAAUCUCUGGAUUUAGUCCAAUCGCAUCUCUUCCUUCAACCGGAUCGAUUCCAGAUCUCUCUCGGUUGUUCCACCGAUCAUUCUACAGCUGCUUUGAUGGUGAUUGCUCACAAGGUUGGGUGUUAUACUGGUAAAGCAAGCUUGUGUGCUUGGAACUCUUCUAUUCCUGACGAUUUUUCCUCGGUUUUAGUCGAUCUUAUGCCUGAUUUGGCGAUGAACUCGUAUUCACUGUUCUCUGGUUUGAUUGAACUCAUUGUUCCACCAGAAGUUAUUCUCCUCUACGGAUCUCUUCCACGGCCACCUGAGAGCUGUUUCAUCUCUUAUUCAUGGCUCAGAUUCACUGAUGCGAAUCUCUGGCUUGUGAAGUAGAUCUCCUGGCGUGGAUGAACUUAAGAGAAUUGCAAGUGAUAGCCUCUCUUGUUCAUGGUUCACUUAUCAUCUUCUAUGCCAUUAAAGAUGCUGCACUGGUUCAACAGUUAAGCUCCUGGUUCCGUUUGAUCUCAAUUGAGAAGCAACAAGCUUAUGCAAAAAUUGGUUUAUGGCUGAAGUAUACCAAGAUGAUUGUUGGUUUUAAGACUUUGAGUGCGCACUACGUGACGUUGUUGUUCAGUGUUGCUGAGAGCUUGACUUUGUUGUGUGAUCCACACAUUUGGAGUGAUGUGCAGUGUGAAGACGUGUCUUUCUUUCUGGAUAAAAGACAUGGCGUUCAAGAGCUUUUUAGACCAUGUUCUAGUGAUGAUUGUACUGCUGCUGCAGUUGGUACAUUGAUGAAUGGCGUCAAUACAGUUUAUAAGUUUUUGCUUGGUGGUUAUGUCCUUAAUCGCAUAGCAGAAAAGAUAAUUAUGCAGGUCAGUAUUCAAAGUGACAGAACAGAGAUUUCUGGCCUUGAGCUAAUGCUGAAGCAGAGCUUGUCUCAAGCUUUUCUGCACCUAUUCAACGAGGACUAUGGCUUCCUCGGAUGCAUAUAUGUGACUAUUUCUGCUCAUUUUGGUUUCUUAACUGAGAUUCCUUAUGGUUCUUUGCCAAGACCACCAGAUGAGCUUCUUGUUAUCAGUUUCAGUCUCCUCUACUUCACAUUGUGUUCUUCAUGUCCAAGAUGUAAUGGCUUACAUCUUGAGGGGGAGUAUUAAGUAUGAUGAAGUGGUUUACACAUUAUGUUUUAGGUUUAGUGAUAACCGGUUUGUACUGGAUAGAUGAUAGUCGUAUAUAAUCACUUGUACAUUGAUAUUUUACCAUUUUAGUAAACUUGAUAUUGAACAGAAACCAAA